AUAAAUAAAACUAAAAAAAGAAAAGACCCAUUCCGAAAAUUAUUGUCAACACGAAAAGAGAGCCGUUUGGUUCAUUUUAGUUUUCUGCUUGUUGGCUUGUUGGGAUUCUGCUUUUUGGGCUUUCCAAGCAUUUUUUCCCCCUGCCUCAUGGUUAUAGUAUUCCCUGAAGUAAACAAGAUCCCCUUUGAAAGGGAUCUUGAUUUAGUGGGAAGAGCACUGUAUUUGGAUCAGGAGACAAGUUCAAGUACCAAGAUCAGGCCUGCCAAAUUCACAGGAUUGUUUUGAAGAUCAAAUGAGUAGGUGUGCCCCAAACUUUCUACGGUGUGUGUCACCAAGGUGAGGGCUGAAGCAGUUCAAAUGCUCCAUGAGCAGGAGGAAGCCAUGGGACGACGUGGAGGGUCCCCGCAGAGAAUGGAGCCUCUUCAGCAUCGGAAACCACAGGAAACCAGGUCAAUGCGUGGGGCCCACUCCCUCAGCUCCAGGGCUCAGCUAUGAGACCUGGGGCUUCCUGAGCAGACUGUACUGAUGAGUGGAUCCUUGAAGCUGGAGGCCCUUUGGCAGAAGUGCUGGAACUGGCCAACGGGUAGAGAGAGAAACCUGGACCCUAGUCCUGAAAGUCGGCCAGGUGGGAGCCAGGAUGCACAGGGGGACAUGUGAGGUUUACAUGCUUUCUUGUUCUGCCCACCUGUAAGUGGUGCAUCAGUCACCUCGGUCUCCAGCACCCACUGCAGAGAAGUGCUUCAUGGCUCUGUCAGUCUUUUAAGUGAGAGGAUGAAGUACGUGUCCAGGGGAGAUUCAAGGCCAGGAGCACGCUAAGGGGCGGGUCUGAUCUGCAGGGUGUUGCAGGAGAAGGAGGAGUUACGAAGUGGGUGCAGCCGCCAUCCAUCCCCCUGACCCUGUGCCGGCCUCUUGCCUGUUAUUUCUCUGCCAGAGCAGGAGCCCCCUUGCCCUCCAGGUAGGGGAGUAGGGCUUUCUGGGGGGCAAGUGUCCUUCAGUCCCUCCUCUUGGGGGAGAAGGAAUGUGGCCUGGCCGGCUGGUUGAGCUUGAGGAGGAGCUUUGGGGCAGGGCGGGGCAGGGGCAGGCUGAGGCGAGGGCUCCUGCUGGCACUGCACUCCCUGCUGCUGCACAGCAAGGCCCUGCCACCCACCUUCAGGAGGCGCAGCCAUGUUCUGGAUACCCUGAUCCCUCGGAAGCCCAUGGGGAGCCCCGGACUGGCAGCCCUGCUCCUGCCUCUCGUCCAGCUGCUCCUUGGCCUGCCUGCCUCUGCUAGUAUUGGCUGCCCCUACCUUCCCAGCUGGAGCACCCUCUGUCUGCUGGCCUCCCACAUGGAUGACAGUUUCACUGGAAGGUCUGCCCAGAUUCCUCGCCAUACCCCAUCGGCCUUUCCCCCCUCCCCAAAGCCUUGGCGUGCUUGGCUCUGCCACUGUCCCUGCUGUUGGUGCCUGCAUCUGGUGUCAGAUCCUUCGGGUCUUCAGUGGGACUGGCUCCACCUCCUGGUGCAGAAAUCCAAAAAGUCUUACAAGUUCCGGUUCUGUAGGAGGCACACGAUGCCAGCAUCUGCUCAGACACCUCCCACAAGGGGCUGCGUUCCAAAAGAACCCAACCUGCAGAUCCAGAGAAAGGGGAAGUUCUCUCCAAACGUGGCUCACAAAGGCUUGGAGGUAGGCACAUCGUGUGACUGGAGAUGGUGGAGCCAAGUAGUGGUACCUGUGCUAAGGCCAAAAGACAAGGCCACCAAGUCCCCCUUCUCCCCAGGGCCUGAGUUCUCCUUUGACUUGCUGCCUGAGGCACGGGUUAUUCAAGUGACCAUUCCUCCAGGCCCUGAGGUCAGUGUGCGUCUUUGCCACCAGUGGGCACUGGAGUGUGAGGAGCUGAGCCGUCCCUUUGAUGCCCAGAAAAUUGUGUCUGGGGGCUGCACUGUAGACCUGCCUUAUGAAUUCCUUCUGCCCUGUCUGUGCAUCGAGGUGUCCUACCUGCAAGAAGACACCGUGAGGCACAAAAAGUGUCCCUUCCAGAGCUGGCCUGAAGCCUAUGGCUCGGACUUCUGGGAGUCGGUGAACUUUACUGACCACAGCCAGCACAGUCAGAUGGUCAUGGCCCUGACACUCCGCUGCCCACUGAAGCUGGACGCCUCCCUCUGCCAGAGGCGGGGCUGGCACACCCUCUGCGAAGACGUCCCCAAUGCCACGGCUCGAGAGUCAGAGGGGUGGUAUGUCUUGGAGAAGGUGGACUUGCACCCCCAGCUCUGCUUCAAGUUCUCUUUUGGAAACAGCAGCCACGUUGAAUGCCCCCACCAGACAUUCGGUGAGCCAAUAAGUGACCCUGGCUGGGACCCCUUCCCACCAUUUCACCCUCAUGCAACUGCAGCAAAGCCAAACUCUAUCCCUGCCCUGACUUCUCUGUUAACUGCAGCCCGGCUUCUAUCACCUCCCACAAACCAUCAUCUAUUACAUGAUGCCCUUUCCUACCCCCUGGCAGCCCCGUCCUGGAACGUGAGCAUGGAUACCCAGGCCCAGCAGCUGGUCCUUCACUUCUCCUCAAGGAUGCCCGCCACCUUCAGUGCUGCCUGGAGCCACUCAGGCUUGGGGCAGGAUAGCAUGGUACCCCCUGUGUACAACGUCAGCCAGACUCAGGGCUCAAGCUCAGUGACACUAGACCUCAUCGUUCCCUUCCUGAGGCCAGGGGGCUGUGUCCUGGUGUGGAGGUCAGAUGUCCAGUUUGCCUGGAAGCACCUCCUGUGUCCGGAUGUCUCUCAUAGGCUCCUGGGGCUCUUGAUCCUGGUACUGCUGGCCUUCACCACCCUACUGGGUGUUGUUCUGGUGCUCACCUGCCAGCGCCCACUGUCAGGCCCAGGUCGAGCGCGGCCGGUGCUGCUCCUGCACGUGGCGGACUCCGAGGCGCAGCGGCGCCUGGUGGGAGCGCUGGCUGAACUGCUGCGGGCCGCGCUGGGCGGCGGGCGCGACGUGAUCGUGGACCUGUGGGAGGGCACGCGGGUGGCGCGCGUGGGCCCGCUGCCGUGGCUCUGGGCGGCACGGGCGCGCGUGGCGCGGGAGCGGGGCACCGUGCUGCUGCUGUGGAGCUGCGCCAGCCCGAGCCCCGCCGGCGGCCCGGAUGCCCGCGCCGCACCCCUGCACACCCUGCUCCGCGCCGCCCCGCGCCCGCUGCCGCUGCUCGCUUACUUCAGUCGCCUCUGCGCCAAAGGCGACAUUCCUCCGCCCCUGCGCGCCCUGCCCCGCUACCGCCUGCUUCAAGACCUGCCGCGCCUGCUGCGGGCGCUGGACGCGCGGACUUCUACUCAAGCCACCAGCUGGGGCCGCCUCGCGGCCCGGCCGUGCCUGCGGGGUCGCGUGGAGCUGUGCCGCCAGCUGGAACGCGAGGCCGCCAAACUUGCCGAUCAAGGCUGAGCAGAGCUCACCGCAGUCCAGAUGUCUGUGGCCGCAGGCCUAGGGGCACUGGCUGGAAGCCCCGAAUGAGGCUUCUACCCUGGAAUCGUUGGAUGCCUCCUAGGGGCCACUGGCCACAAAGCCUUACGCUACCUCCCAGCCCGGGAGCGGGGCAUCACACUCACUGUCCCAGCCCGUUCCCCACGUUCCCCCAGGGUCCAGUCUCUUCCUCAUGCUUAUGCUUGAGGGUUCUCUCCCUCAGAGCCCCCAGGAAGAGUCACUCUUUCCUGAGAACUCCUGUGACCUCAGUGCUGUUGUGAGUGGGGGAUCGUCCCACUUCCUCUCUCCGAAAUUCCAGAGAAUAGUCGUCUGCACGUGCUCCAGUCCAGGCCAGAGAGGUUGGGACAGGGGUUGGGGAGGCAGGAGACAUGGCAGCUCUGAGUGGGAGGUGGCUGCAGAGGGGGUGGGGGGACAGAAACCCCUUUGGGAGCCAGGGAUCCCCCUUUUCCAGACCGGGGCCCUGCCCAGAGUGGGAGGAAGGGAGGGAGGGAGGGCUCUGGACCCAGGGAAGGAGGCUUUGGCCCUGGGUGAUGGGGGCAAAGGUGGGACAGUGGAGACUGAGAUAGAGAAAGUUGAAUAAAGGUGAACAUGAUGGAUAAACUAAGAAACACAAGGUGCUUUUCCAGUGUGCCCGGGGUGCUGAGUUGGGGGAAGGGUCAGCAAGACCCUGCUUGGCGGUUGUUAUGCAUCAUUUUCUGGGCCCAAAUCCACAUCCAUGUCUGUCAUAUUCUCACAAGCAGUGUCUCCCUGGAAAUUUCCUUGAUCCUCACUGUGAUUCUUCAGAGAGAAGAGAAGAAAACACAGGUUCAGAAAGGUGGUGUGGGGCCACAGUCACGCAGCCAGCCCAUGGCAACAGCACAAAUAGGACCCUGUCUUCCUGGCUCUGGGUCCUGGGUCCCAUCCACCCCUACCCCUCGCUUGAGCAUAGGCCGGGAAGAGGCGAAAAGCUCAUGUUACGGUGCCCCUUGUCCCUGUCUUUAGAGAUCGUGUCCCACAGUGAGGCCCAAGGGGAAUGUCUGAAGGGACCUGGGGUGGCCAGUAAGAGGGGCCCCGUGGACACCAAGAUCCCAGAGUCACGUGGGAAGUGCAAAUGCCCCAGGAUUGCCUAAGGCCUUGGUUGUCUCAGUGGAGACUUCCUCCUUAGGGACUCCCAGAGUGA